AUGGUACGAAGAACAGACCCCAAGGAUGAUGAAUGGAGAAAUGUUCGAGAUGCAAAGAAGAGGAAGCAAAUACAAGACCGAUUAGCACAACGUGCGCGACGUAUGGCAGCGAUUACGACAAGCUCAGCUGGAUACCAGACUGUCAGUAGCGCGACUGCCCCAAGACCAAUACCCAACAUCUCCAAGGGCCCUUGUAACACUGGAGGCCCCAAUUGA